CCGGGAUGGUGCAGCGGCGGCUCCGGGGCGCACGCACGCACUGAGUGGGCCCAAGCUGGGCUCCGCGUCCCCCGCGCCCCCCGCCGCCCCGAUCCCGGCCGGCAUGAUGUGCCUGGAAUGCGCCUCGGCGGCGGCGGGCGGCGCGGAGGAGGAGGAGGCGGACGCGGAGCGGCGGCGCCGGCGCCGGGGGGCGCAGCGAGGGGCUGGCGGUGGCGGUUGCUGUGGGGCGCGGGCAGCGAGCGCCGCUGGAGUCGCGGCUGCAGACGAUGAAGUGCAAACGCUGUCGGGCAGCGUGAGGCGGGCCCCGUCCGGACCCCCCAGCACCCCCAGCACCCCAAGCAGUGCAGCCGCUGGCAAGGGCCCCGGCGCUCAGCAGCCCAAACCAGCCAGCUUGGGCCGCGGACGGGGAGCAGCCGCCGCCAUCCUCAGCUUGGGCAACGUGCUCAACUACCUGGAUAGGUACACCGUAGCAGGCGUCCUUCUGGACAUCCAGCAGCACUUUGGGGUCAAGGACCGCGGCGCCGGCUUGCUGCAGUCAGGUGGCAUUCCAGAAUGCACAGUGCCAGCCCUCCACGGCCGGUGGCCACAGCCACUCAGCCAGACUCAGCACCGUCCUCAUUUCCCAGAAGGGGUCUUCAGGACUCACAGAGUGUUCAUCUGCAGCUUCAUGGUGGCUGCCCCCAUCUUUGGCUACCUGGGCGACCGCUUCAACAGGAAGGUCAUCCUCAGCUGCGGGAUUUUCUUCUGGUCGGCGGUCACGUUCUCCAGCUCCUUCAUCCCUCAGCAGCACUUCUGGCUGCUGGUCCUGUCUCGCGGGCUGGUGGGCAUCGGUGAGGCCAGCUACUCCACCAUCGCACCCACCAUCAUCGGCGACCUCUUCACCAAGAACACCCGCACGCUAAUGCUGUCUGUCUUCUACUUCGCCAUCCCACUGGGCAGCGGCCUGGGCUACAUCACCGGCUCCAGUGUGAAGCAGGCGGCUGGAGACUGGCACUGGGCCUUGCGGGUGUCCCCCAUCCUGGGCAUGAUCACAGGAACACUCAUCCUCUUCCUGGUCCCGGCCACUAAGAGAGGCCAUGCCGACCAGCUCGGCGGGCAGCUCAAGGCACGGACAUCGUGGCUCCGAGACAUGAAGGCUCUGAUCCGAAACCGCAGCUACGUCUUCUCCUCCCUGGCCACGUCGGCUGUGUCCUUCGCCACAGGGGCCCUGGGCAUGUGGAUCCCGCUCUACCUGCACCGCGCCCAAGUCGUGCAGAAGACGGCAGAGACGUGCAGCAACCCACCCUGCGGGGCCAAGGACAGCCUCAUCUUUGGCGCCAUCACCUGCUUUACGGGUUUUCUCGGUGUGGUCACCGGGGCAGGAGCCACGCGCUGGUGCCGCCUGAGGACCCAGCGGGCCGACCCACUGGUGUGUGCGGUGGGCAUGCUGGGCUCUGCCAUCUUUAUCUGCCUCAUCUUUGUGGCUGCCAAGAGCAGCAUCGUGGGGGCCUAUAUCUGCAUCUUUGUUGGGGAGACGCUGCUGUUUUCUAACUGGGCCAUCACUGCGGAAAUCCUCAUGUGUGUGGUCAUCCCCACAAGACGGGCCACUGCUGUGGCCCUGCAGAGCUUCACCUCCCACCUGCUGGGGGACGCCGGAAGCCCCUACCUCAUCGGCUUUAUCUCCGACCUGAUCCGCCAGAGCACCAAGGACUCCCCACUCUGGGAGUUCCUGAGCCUGGGCUACGCCCUCAUGCUCUGCCCCUUCGUCGUGGUCCUGGGUGGCAUGUUCUUCCUCGCCACCGCACUCUUCUUCCUCAGCGACCGUGCCCAGGCUGAGCAGCAGGUGAACCAGCUGGUGAUGCCGCCGGCAUCUGUGAAAGUCUGAGGCGGUGCCGCUGGGACCAUGAAGAACCCUUGCUCCUACCUAGUCUGGGAGGUGUCCCACGGCAUCCCGGCCCUGCUGGGCUGUCCCGAAGCUUUCCGUGUGACCCACAGCUGGGCACCCACCAGCUCUGGUCUGGGACUGCUGAGUGGCCGUGGCUCACAGAGGCCGUGUCCUCGACUGAUCUGGAAGGCUAUGUCUGUUGGAGCCACGCUGUCAGACAGACUCCCAGGCCUGGGUCUGGGCUGCAGGAGUCCUGGGGCCCAGGAAGAAGACAGACCCCGGUGGGUGCGUGGGGAGAGGCUGGCCUGUCCUCGGCCUAUGUGAUCCUGGGGAAGUCUCUGCCCUUGCCAGACCGUGGGGCCAGGGGGCUGGAUUCUCCUACCCAGCUUGCUGGGCAAGGCACUAUCUGCAGCUUGGAAGAUCCAACAGCCCAUGGACUGCACAGAGAAAGGGUGGCCCAGGCCGCAGGGCGGUGCUUCAGGCUCUGAGGCGCCCUUAAGGGCCUGGCCCGUGAGGACUACAGCUUUUCAGCUAAGCCUCUGACCUCGGGGAUGUUGGACUGGGCACUUCCAGCCAGGCUGGUCACUCUGGAGGACAGCUGUCUUCCCUACCUUGAGCUGGCUGUCAGCUCAGCCUGGAGGUCUCCCAGGUGGGGACCAUCCCCAGACUUGCAGUGGGCAUCACCAGGGGUGAAGGCCCUGGUGACAAAGACAGACCACCUGUGCCCCAGGCUUGAGACCUUUGGGGGUUCCUCACCCCUAACAGGGCUCCUUGGAUCCACUGUAGCACCCCAUUGUCCAUCUCCUCCAUGACCCCCCCCCCCCCCACCACAGAAGCCAGGAACUGACUCCUGCCCCCAGGCUGGGCCCCUUUCCAGGGGCAGGGCACAGGGGACUGUUCCCAGAAUCCAUGGGGCAGCAGCCAGGGCUCUGGCUGCCAGAGGAAGCAGCCAUCCACUAAGUUUCCUGUCCCAGGGAUUAGCCUGGUAGAGGUUGAGGCCCAUGGGGAGAGGCCAACGCCCUGAGCCACCUCCAUGCAAACACCGGCUGCUGCUUCCCCCACAGCCCAGGACUCACCCAGCCUCUGACCAUGCCUCCCUCGUCGCCACACACCAGGGUGCAGCUGCCAACUUCACACCAGGCUGCCGGCCCCUGGGGUGGAACUUACCAUCCUCUCUGCUCCACACACUCCCUCCCUGUACCUUCGCUGGACUCAAGGUGGUUCUGGUCUGGGGACGCCCCUGUGGCCAGCAGGAGCCCCUCAGAGCCAGCUUCAAGCUCUCUGCCUGUAGUUGUUGGCAUGGCUUCAGUGGUGGGUAAACUGGUGGAAUACCCACUCCCCACCAAGCUCUGGGGCACCCUGGGGGGCCUGACUAGGGAGGGGUGGGAUCCCCCAAAGACCAGCCUGGCCUCCACUCCCACCCCGGCCUCAACUGGGGCCCCAGCAAUGUUUUCUUGUUGUACAAGAACCAGGUCCGUGUGUUGCUUCCUCUUCCUUCCGGAAGCCAAACUGCUCCUUUAUUUUUUAGAGCUGCUGAUUGUGAAUCUCAGAGUCUUAAGAGAGAAGCCAAAUAUAUUCCUCUUGUAAAUGAAGAAAUAAAGCUAUUUAAAUCAUG